AACCACACAGUCACACAGCAACACUGAAACACACACACACACACACACACACGCACACACACACGCACAUGUAAGUGAAACUACGAAGAGGCCCAUGAGACGCACAGGAGGCCACGGUAUGGACUAAAAAAGAAAAGAAAGAGUUGCUUCAGAAAUAUCAUACACAAACCUGAGGGGGAAACAAAGUAGCAAUUCAAAAAGUAAUGUGCUCUGAUACUCUCUAGGGUGUGUCACUUUAUCUGCCCACUGGCUUCUUCCUGCUGUCUCUCAGCACCCGUCCGGUAAAUGAACAUCUCGGGGCGCUUCACAUCUCCAAAGGAAACUCUCCAUCGCGUGCAGCCGACUGUUGUUCUGUUUUGAUCCGUUUUUUAAGCAAGAAGACAAUCUGGAGCACAAAGACUUCCUUCUGACCCCUGGAGCACGAGGCCAAGAUGGAGAAGUCCGAGAUGUUUGGCUUCUCUCUGGAGGCAGACGACCGGACCGAGGAGGAGAAAAGGCGUCAGAAAGCAUCAAAGAAAGGCGGCGUGGAGUCGCCCGCGGCCCCCAUGGACACUGAUUACCAGGAGGAAAUGGAGGAGACCAGACCUCAAAUCAGAUUCAAUCUCAGCUUUGACAAAGGGAUCCGGGGCGAGGACCAGCACAAGAGAGACAGCAAGACGUUUACCAUCGACAGGUUGUUCGAAGCCGUGGCCAGCGGGGACGUCAGCAAGCUGGACGGCCUGCAUCAGUACCUGCGCCAGAACAUGAAGAAACUCUCCGACUCCCUGUAUCAGUCCUAUGGUAAGACCGCCCUGAUGAAGGCUCUGCUGCACCUCAAGGACGGCGAGAACGAAACGGUGGAGCUCCUCAUCGGCAUUUCAGAGAAGAUGGGCGACAUUAAGGAGUUUGUGAAUGCAGCCUACACCAACAGCUACUACAAAGGCCAGACAGCUCUCCACAUUGCCAUCGAGAGGAGGAAUAUUUCCUAUGUGAAGCUGCUGGUCAGUAAAGGAGCAGAUGUCCACGCCAAAGCCUGCGGGGUGUUCUUCCAGCCACACAAUGGCCCCAACUUCUACUUUGGUGAGCUGCCUCUGUCUCUGGCAGCCUGCACCAACCAGCCCACCGUGGUGGACUUCCUCAUGGAGAACGAGUACCAACGGGCCAACGCUAAGAUGGUGGACUCUCAGGGCAACACGGUGCUGCACGCCCUGGUGAUGGUGGCGGACUACUCCAAGGAUAAGGACAAGGAUAACACAGAGUUCAUUACCAACAUAUACGACCGUAUACUCAAGACCACCGCUCAACUGCACCCCAAGCUGAAGCUGGAGGACAUCGAGAACCACAAGGGGCUGACGCCUCUCAAAAUGGCUGCCAAGACCGGCAAGAUCGGGCUUUUUACACACAUCCUGAAACGUGAAUUCCAAGAGAGUCACAUCAAACAUCUGUCCAGGAAGUUCACCGAGUGGGUUUACGGCCCCGUCCACAGCUCCCUUUACGACCUGGCCUCGGUGGACUCGUACGAGGACAACUCAGUCAUGGAGAUCCUGGUCUACGGCAGUGACACUCCCAACCGCCACGAGAUGCUCCAGAUGGAGCCUCUGAGCCGGCUGCUGGAGGAGAAGUGGAAUAAGUUCGGAGGUCGGAUGUUUUUUAUCAACUUCCUGUUCUACCUCCUGUACUUGAUCGUCUUCACUCUGGUCGCCUACAAUAAGAAGUUUGGAGAGCUGCCGUACCCCCUCAAACACACCACAGCCGGUUACCUGUAUGUGUCAGGCCAGCUAGUGAUAGCACUGGCAAACUGCUAUUUCUUUGUCAUAGGGAUCUUAGAGUUGAAGAGGAAACGGCCGAAGCUGCAGACGUUGCUGAUUGAUGGAUAUUAUGAUAUUCUUUUUUUUGUGCAGGGCGUCCUCUUCCUGAUCACGGCCGGCCUGUAUCUGUUCGGGAACCAGCAGUACCUCAGCUUCCUGGUGCUGUGUCUUGCUCUCAGCUGGGUGAACAUGCUCUACUUCUCCAGGGGUGACAAACACAUGGGCGUCUACAGCAUCAUGAUCCAGAAGAUGAUCCUCAGUGACAUCAUGCGCUUUCUUCUCGUCUACAUCGUCUUCCUCUUUGGAUUUUCAGCAGCGGUGGUCACCCUGCUCAAAGAGCCCAUUGUGAAAAACACCACUGUAACUCGGCAGGGGCGUCUCUUUGGUCCCCUUGGUCCUGAUGAGGAGUGUGUCAAACCCUACUUCAGAAGCAUCUCCUACACCACGCUGCAGCUCUUCAAGUUCACCAUCGGCAUGGGCGAAAUGGAGUUCACCCAGGAACACGAGAGCACCGUGGUGUUCUUCGUGCUCCUCAUCAGCUACAUCAUUCUCACCUACAUCCUGCUGCUCAACAUGCUCAUCGCCCUCAUGAACCGCACCGUGGAGAAGACCACGGAGGAGAGCACCAGCAUCUGGAAGCUACAGAGGGCCAUCACCAUCCUGGAAAUGGAGAAAAGGCUGUCGUGCUGCCUGAGGAGGAGGUUCCGCUGUGGGGUGGAGAAGAACCUCCGCACUGCUCUUGGAGAUGACCGUCGCCGGUGUUUCAGAGUGGAGGAAGUCAACUGGAACAAAUGGAACAUCAACCUGGGCAAAAUCAAUGAGGAUCCCGGGUGCUGGGAUCGGGGCCAACACCCUGCCUCGGAACCCCCGCCGAACAGAGCAAAACGAGGGAGGAGCUGGAGAAGCUGGCGGACUCAGACAGCCCAGUCCACAGAGAUGCUUCCUCUGAACCUCACACCGGUCUAAAGAGACCACACAGAGCUCACUCUGUCCGCUCGGCCUGGCUGACCCGAGCAUCGAGGCAUUCAAACCGAAAGACAUUAUUCAGUUCCCCAAGAAAUAUAACUGUCAAAUAUUUGAACUGCCUUUGUGACUGACUGACGGAUACUCCCAAGUCAGCUUGAUUUUGAAUUUUGAAUGUAAAUUCCCUUUGAGGCAAUCUUUCUCUCAGGCGAGCACAUCUUUGACUGCUCACACGCUGAAAGCUGCACCGUGAGCAGCGUAAACCGCCAAGUCGAACAUUUGCAACACAUGAAACAUUUCAUCCAAAGGCUUCUGCACAUGCUGCGUGGCCCACCGCCUGAACAGGAUGCACGUCCUCUCUGCACAAAAGGCCACAACCUGCCGGCACCUCUGACACCGCUCAAAAUCCUUCAUGGAGUAAUACUGAUUACGAAGGUGCUGAUCCUGCCCUCCUGCCGUGUGCCCUUUAUGCGAGUCCCAUUUUCAUCACAGCCAGACAAGCUAAAUCUACUGCAGCCAGAUAGUCCUGUGGAUUUCACAGCUUGCUUUGUCUACCCUACUUCCCCUUUCUAUUUGGCAGAGGCAGGCUCUGAUAAAUGGCUUGAAAGCACAGCAAUUGGUGCAACAAUCGCCACCUUCAGCACGAGCUGUCUCGGUUACAAAUGAUAUGUGGUUUAGGAGGGCCUUUUGGACCGUUGUAAGGCUGAUUAUGCAAGACACAAAUCUGUGAAUAGCAACCUACCCGAACUGUCAGGCAGCAUGAGCUCAUGCAGAAUGAAGGGAGCAGGAGAAAAGAGCACACCUGUUGUCACCGUCAGUUUAAAUCAGUGUUGCAGAUAAUCCACACAGCGGUUCAGACCCAUUUCAAAGCAUAAAUUAGAACUUUAUUUUAUUAUUACAAUAUUACAAAAAGAGUAGCACAACUCUCACGCUCUUGCCUCUGAUCUGUCGUACAGAAUGACACAAAAGAAAGGCUUGUGGACCUUCUUCCAUUUCACAGCAAUAGUACAAGAAACAAAGAAAGAAAGACAAAUUAAAUAACAAGCAAAUCAAGUGUUAUAAAUAGUCACAACUGCAAAAUCAAGCUUUGAAACUUGGGGGAAAGAAAUGUUACAGCUCCGUAACUACACAUUGCUAAAAUAUAUAAUUACAAAAUAUUACUCCUUUUCAUGCUUUCCAUUAUAAAGAAUAUCUAAGGAAUUGCUCUUUCUCUUCAACAAAACCUCAAUAAAAUAAAAAUAAAUUUAAAAAAAGAAACAAAUAAUAAUAAUUGCUGUUUCUGCGUAUCCUCACCAUCCUCUUUCUCCUUAUUAUUUGGGGUUUUCAUUAAAACCAUGCUCUUUUUCAAGGGAAGUCCAAGGACCAAACACUUAAGGCUUUUUAAGGGCUGUUAGGGAGUUAGGUGAACAAAACAUGGGCGUCAUUGUGUUUAUACACACGCACACUAUCUCUCUCUCUCUCACACACACACACUCACACACACCCUUAAAUCUACCCACUUCAGCAGGAGACACUCACACACACACACAAUCGUUAACGUUUAAAGUUACGAGUAGGUAAGCCAGUGUACAAUAAAAUAAACAAUGCAUUUGCUGUUUCACUUUAAAAACUUAAAAGUCAGUUUUGUUUACCUCCAAGUGAUCUUGCAAGUGAUCAAUUUGGUCUUUUCGAGCAGACUUCACAUCAGAAUCAGUAGCAUCUACACAUAACUUAAUUCACAUAAGUUCCUGCUGUCGGGAUCAGAACUCUCGUCGAGGCUCGUUGGCAACGCCGUCAUUUCUUCGACCCCAGAGUUGUGACCUCGUAACCCGCCUCUCCCCUUCAAUAACUGCAAAUUAACAUCAUCUCAACGUUCAAGUAAUACAUUUGUCAUGGUUUAAAAAAAAAUGACCGGAAAAGGAAACAAACACAACAUGGCACAUCAUCACAACAGUGUGUCCUCCUUAACAUGACUUUGGACAUUUAAAAAAAAAAAAAAAAGGUAUGAGAGUUGAUCUUUCAUGACAUUUUCUGCACUAAACAUUCCACUAGUUUUUUGCCAAACCUCCCUGGCAUUGACAGAAAGUCUUUUUCUUUAUUUAAUUUUUUAAACACCUGAAUUCAUUGCAGCAUUUUCAGCAGGACAGAGCGUCGCCGUUUCAACAUACGUGCUCCCUGCUGGAUCAUGACUGUACAAAACAACCUGAUUACAUGCUUCCUUAACUGACAGAGAGGAAUCAAUCUUGAAUAGUCCUUAUGAUACAAAUAAAUAAUUACAUUUCAAAAGAAUAAAACCUACCGUAAGCUUUUCUAGCUGUACUCUGUAGUGUCCAGUGUCUGGUGGCUUUGUACUGAAACAAGAUUACUCUCUUCUGUCCCCAAAUGACUGUUUAAUCUUGAAGUUACUAUGAGACGGGGGCAUUAACACCAAAAUCUAAAUCAGUCACUUGUCUCAAAGUAGUCUGAGCCAAAAGUUCCUGACAUGACCCUUUAAAACAUUUUUUCUUUUAAAAACACAUCAGUAGAUGUUUUUGUUGGAAUCUAUUUUUCUUCCUUCUUACAUGCAUAAGAAAACGUUACGGAUAUCUCUGAAGUAGGAAUAACACAGGAUCUGUUUG